AUGGACAGCCGGCAGUUCAAGGACGCCGCCAAGGCUUCGAUCGAUCACAUCGUCGACUACUAUGAGAACAUCACAGACCACAGCGUCGUCUCGCAGGUCAAGCCGGGCUACCUGCGCAAGGUGCUGCCCGAGUCGCCGCCCAAGGAAGGCGAGUCCUGGGACGUGAUCCGCAAGGACAUCGACAGCAAGAUCGUCCCCGGGCUGACGCACUGGCAGUCGCCCAACUUCUUCGCCUUCUUCCCCUGCCCGGCCUCGUACCCCUCGCUGCUGGGCGAGCUGUACUCGGCCGCCUUCACCGGCGCCUGCUUCAACUGGAUCUGCUCGCCCGCCGUCACAGAGCUCGAGACCAUCGUGCUCGACUGGGUCGCCCAGGUCCUGGGGCUCCCGCAGGUCUACCACUCCACCGGCCCCUCCCGCGGCGGUGGCGUCAUCCAGGGUUCCGCCAGCGAGGCUGUCCUCACCAUGAUGGUCGCCGCACGCGAGAAGUACCUGCGCGACACCCUUCCGGCACCUGGGACAGUCACCGAGGAGGAGCUCGAGGACCUCGACAUGCGCAAGCGCAGCAGGCUCGUCGCACUGGGCAGCGCCGCCGCCCACUCGUCCACCAAGAAGGCCGCCAGGAUCCUCGGUGUGCGCUACCUCGAGGUGCCCACGUCCUCCGCGUCAAACUUCGCCAUGACCGGCGAGGCCCUCAAAGCGACGCUCGAGGCGUUGAGAGCCAAGGGCCUGGAGCCCUUCUUCAUGACAGCGACGCUCGGCACUACCGACACGUGUGCCGUGGACGACUUUGGCGCCAUCGUGGACACACUGGCCAAGUUCAGCGAGACACCCGCCACCAACGGUGCGGCCACGAACGGCGAGAGCAACGGAGCAGCAACGGCCCCGGCCGCGAGGAAGGGCGAGGUCUGGGUGCACAUCGACGCCGCGUACGCGGGGUCCGCGCUCGUGACGCCCGAGGCGCAGGAGUCGGUGGGCGUGCACCACCUGGCGCACUUCCACUCCUUCAACUUCAACAUGCACAAGUGGCUGCUGACCAACUUCGACGCCUCGUGCGUGUUCGUGGCCAACCGCGCCUGGCUCGAGGAGGCGCUCGGCUCGGAGCUGCACGUCUACCGCAACACGUACAGCGACGGCGGGCUCGUCACCGACUACCGCAACUGGCAGAUCCCGCUGGGCCGGCGCUUCCGCUCCCUCAAGGUGUGGUUCGUGCUGCGAAGCUACGGCGUGGCGGGUUUGCAGAGGUACAUCCGCCGCGGCGUCGCGCAGGGCGAGCUGUUCGCCGGCUGGCUCCGCGCGAGGCCGGAGCUGUUCGAGAUCAUCACGGGCCCGGCGUUCGCGCUGACCGUGUUUCGGCUGGCUCCCACGGGGGUCGAGAGCGAGGAGAGGAAGAGCGAGCUCACGCGGGCUCUGUACGAGGAGGUCAACAGAUCUGGUAAGCUGUGGGUGACGAGCACGGUGCUCGAGGGCAAGUUCGCCAUCAGGGUCAUGACGGGCAACAUCACGACUGAGGAGGAGCACGUCAAGGCGGCGUAUGAACUGAUCCUGGCUACGGCUGAGAAAGUUGUGAAGGGGGAGUAG